CGUGUUUUGUGCUUGGCGCGCUUUUUUCACAAUUGUUGUGCGUGUGGUGUGUGUGACGCGCGUAAACUGGACGGCAAGCGUUGGGAAGGGCAACUGCAUUUGCAAUUUACAUAGAAAAACAUUUUAAAAACCGACAACAAGCUAGCUAGAAUGCCAGCCGGCGUUGUGAAAACACCAAACUCGGCUCGCGCAAAAGAUGCAAAUGCAACCAAAUCAGCGGAUCGCAAUGGAAACACUGGGAGCGGCGGCAAGAAAUUUGUUCAGACGCGUUUACCUUUCAAGUUGAUAGCACCCGUGGCGAAGGGCAGCUCAGCAGCAGCGGCGACGACACCAGCGUCCACCUCAACCAGUGCUGUUGAGCUGGAUGUGGACUUGGACGAGGUGGCGCCGCGAAAACGCAAGUUGUCCUUUGCCCUCGACAAGGCAGCAGAGACGGAGCAGCUGCGUCGCUCCAACAGCAAAGAGAACCUGGAGCUGGGCACAUCGAGCAUUGCGUCCAGCAAGAAGCCCAAAACAACGGAGAUCAUGGCCGACGAUGUCAUUGAGCUGGAUGACGACGACGAUGAUGACGAUGACGAUGCCAAUGACGAGGAACAGGGACAGGAGCAGAAGCAGGAUGAUAAGCAUGUUAAAGGCAAUGUUAAGGAAAAUAAGUUGAAGGAAAAGCCCAUAGAGGGCGUCACUCAUGUGGGACCCAUUCAAAUCAAGCUGCCGGUGAGCAACAAGCGAGCCAAGCGCCGGAAAUCCUUAAGGAAAUCGGAGACAGUGAAGCAAUCGAAGCAGCCGAAGGUGGAGUCAAGCGUUGAGCGCAGUGACUCCAGCGAUGAUAUUGAGGCUAUUGCCGAGAGCCUCAAUCCACAGAAGCGAGCCAAGGUGAUUGAGGUAAAGUCGAAGGCAUCACCCAAGGUAAAGACGCCCGGGCAGACCAAAUUGGAUGUAGUGAAAAUGAAAGCCAAGACAGAUGUAAAGGCCAAGGGAGACGUUGCAGCCCAAGAGAGAACUCCGACUGUGGCAGCGACUGCAAACUCCAAGAAGGACCUCAAAACCAAAUCGCAGUUGAAUGCAAAAUCAAAAUCUAAGGAAGAAGAUGUGCCCAAGCUGGAUGAAGACUCGGAUGUGGUGCUGCUAGAUAGCAACGACGAGCUAAAAUCUAAUGAUGCUGCAGCUGCUGCUGCGGACGAGUCCAGCACCGAUAUGGAUAUGGACGUGGACACAGACACAUUGAACCAUACGUCCCCGGAAAAAGAGAAGGCCCAGAAGCACGAGGAAUCCUCAGAGACAGAUAAGGAGCCGGAGGCGGAAAGCAAGUCUGCCAGCUCUGCGGCCACCGUGGCGGCUAAGCUGUCAAACCUGACGCCCAAGCAGCAGCGGCUGAUGGAGCAGCGACGGAAGGCGCGCGAGGAGAAGGAGCGCAAGUUGCAGGAAGAGCGCCGCCUUAAGCAGCAGGAAAAGGAGCAGCGCGAGCUGCAGAAGAAGGCGGAACGUGACGUCAAAGAGGAGCAGCGACGCAAGGAACGCGAGGACAAAGAGGAGCUGCGACGCAAAGAGCGCGAGGAAAAGGAACGUAAGCGUCAAGCCGAGAACGAGGAGAAGGAGCGCAAGCGGCAGGCCGAGAACGAGGAGAAGCGCAAACGCAACGAAGCCAAGGAGGAGGUGCAGCGCAAGAAGGACGAAGAGCGACGCCGCAAGGAGCAGGAGAAGGAGGAGGCCGAGCUAAAGAAAAAACGCGCCGCCGCCACUUUUAGCAAAUUCUUUGUGCCCAAACAACCGAGACAAUCCAUCGGCGGCACGCUGGAGCAGGAGCAGAAUAGCUGCGACAGCGAUCCCAGCCACAUUAGCAACCAGCAGCUCGCCUUUCGUCCCUUUCAGGUGAAGGACGACAUGGUCCUGGCCCCUGUCAUACGCGCCACACUCGCCGCCGACACGCGCCAACAGCUGGACAAGCUCUUCCAUGUGCCGGACGACGAAGACGAUGAGGAGGAUCUCAAUGCGAGCAUUGGACGCACCAAGCGUCCCACACGUGCCCAGCUCUAUCUGAAUGAGCUGAGCUUGGGCAGUCACAAGCCGCAGGCCAGCAAACGAGACAUCCGACUGCAGAGAUCCUCCAAAGACGAGGAGGAUGAUGAUGAUGUCCAGGUGAUCGAUGACCUGGCCAAUGCAGUGGGCACGCCCAUUGUGGUGGAGCGGCCCAAGCAACUGCCAUGGAUGCGUGCCAAGUACUUACACUUUGCGGACAAUCGUCGCCCGCCCUACUACGGCACCUGGCGCAAGCGCAGCCAACUGAUCAGUGCGCGCCACCCACUAGGCCAGGACAAGAGCCACUUCGACUAUGAGGUGGACUCGGAUUGCGAGUGGGAAGAGGAGGAGCCCGGAGAGUCGCUUAGCGCCAGCGAGGAUGAGAAGGAGCGCGAGUCCGAGGAGGAGUCUGAGGAGGAGUACAACGAGUGGUUUGUGCCCCAUGGCCAUCUCAGCGACGAAGAGCUGCAGAACGACGGCGAGCUCGAGGAUGGCAAUACACGCGAGGCGCAGAAGGCAAAGCUGCAGGUGCUGCAGCAGGAGUUCGCCCAGGAAAUGAAGAAACAGACCAAGAAGAUCAAGCCCCGUCUGCUGGGGCCCGUCUGGCUCGACGAGAACGGCAACAAGUCGGAGCUAUUCCCGGCUGUCUUCAUUCAGACCAUCGAUAUGUACGGCUGCUGGCAGCUGCAGCCGCUAACGCUCGAGCCGCCACAGGAGUCCGGCGACGAGGAGGAGCCGCUCGAGGAGGCCAAAGCUAAGCCAAUUACACUGCAGCUGGACGAGCAGCUGCUGCAGCAGCUGGUGCGGCUCAUACACGGCAACAGCAAUGCCAAAAUCUUCCUCAUCUCCGAGUAUAUGGAGUAUCUGAAGACACAAAUUCCGGCGGAGUCACAAAUGAUGCUGCCGUCGAAGACGCUGCUGCGCGAAAAGUUCGACGAGCUGGCUACCUGGAAGCCCGUCGAGAAGGCCGGUGGCACCGAGGCAAAGAAGUCUAAGAAGCCGAAGAAGCGCCUCUGCUGGGUGGUCAACGCGGAAACGCUGCACAAGUUUCACCUGGACGAGCUGACGCUGCAAAACGAAUGGAACUACACGCUUACGCCGAAAGCCAGCAAGGCGGACACAUCGUUGGGCGAGUCCUCGCUGACUGCCGAGACAGCUGACGCGGGCGGCACACCCAAAGCAGACGUCGACAAAGUGAGCAAGGCCAACGACUCGGCUGCCGGCAAACCCAAUGAAUCCACAGGCACGCCAACAGCAACAGCACCAGGCACGAGCAUCAAGAAACGCGGCAAUUUGCUCAUGUCUGUGCCGCGUGAUCAACAGUUCCAUGCGGCCACCAAGAACGCGCUCAUUAGCCAGUAUCUGCGCAAGAGCAACGGCUCGCCCACCAGACAGAAGCCAACGCCAGCUUCGCCGCCGCCGCCCAGCUGCAGCGAAGACGUUGUGCUGCUUUCCGACUGAUCCGCUAAUCCCUACCUAUCGACGCACCAUAUCCAACAUUGUCGCGCUUUUCGCGCCUACCUCCUAAGUUUGUCUAGCCGUAGUGUUCACUGUACCAGCCGAGCACCUUGCGCCGUACCUUAAUAAUCUCACAAGCCAAGUAACGCAAUAUCCAUCUGCUUGUCUUGUUUUGCAUUAUCUUACGGCUCGCCGCUCUCCGUAAGGUGCAUGGCA